AUUGGGAGUUUGAUUCAGAUACUUAUGGUAUAUACUUCGUAGUUGGCAAAUUGGUCUUUAUAAUGUUCUGAUCUGUCAGACCACCGUUUUGGAAAUAUAUGAUGCUAAUAGUAAGCCAGUAAGUACAUUGGAUCAGUUUACAAUUUUGCAGAGAGUAACUGAAGACAGCGGCCUCAAAAUGAUGCCUCUUUUGCACGCAGUAAUCGUGUCAUUCCCUGCACAAGGCCAUAUCAAUCCGCUGAUGAAUUUUGCGGAGCUGCUGGCCAUACGAGGCUUUUUCAUAACGUUUGUUACUACUGAAUGGAUGGACCAGCGCCUUUUAAAAGCAGCUUCUAAAGAUGCAGCUACACGUGACCGAGAGGUUCAAGAAAGGGGCUUCAAAUUUAGAUUUCUGUCUAUCUCAGAUGGCUUACCGCCCGAGCAUGGUCGAACUACCCAGCUUGGUGAGCUUUUUCUUGCACUGCAAGCUUUGGGCCCUGCUAUUGAAAGUCUGUUAACUACAGCAGAUAAGUCUGUCCCGCCAAUCACCUGUAUUGUUUCUGAUAGCUUCGUCUCUUGCACAGCAGAGGUAGCUAAAAGUCUAGGGGUGCCAAGGGUUGUCUUCUGGACUUGUGGUACUGCUAAUUCCAUUGUUCAGGCAAACGCUAACUUUCUACUUUCUCAGGGCCAUAUCCCUGUCAAAGAGGAGGACUUAAACUCUAAAGAGAAAUUCAUCACAUGCCUUCCCGGAAAACUCCCACCGAUCAGGCCAACUGACAUCGUCUCCUUCUUCCGGGAAAAACAUAUCUCAGAAAUAAUUUACAGUGUCUAUCUCUACGAAUCCCGCAUCCAAAACAUAGCAGACUACGUGCUAGUCAACACAUUCGAGGAGUUGGAAGGAGGCGAAGAAGCACAAAUGGGGCUCAGCGUAAAUGGAUGCCCAGCUCUGGCAAUUGGCCCUGUCUUUCUUCCUAAUUUCCUACAAGGUAGGAAUUCCAUGCACAGCAUGUGGGAAGAGGAUAAAACAUGCUUUCAAUGGCUAGACGCUCAACAGCAGGGGUCUGUGUUAUAUGUUUCCUUUGGAAGCAUUGCUAUAAAAUCUGAAAGGCAAUUGCAUGAGCUGGCUCUGGGACUAGAGGCUUGUGGGUACCCGUUCCUAUGGGUCCUGAGAUCAGAUAUAGCAGAAGGCAAGUCUGUUGAUUUACCUGAGGGCUUCAAGGAUCGAACCAAGGAUCGAGCUCUUAUCGUUAGUUGGACGAAUCAGUUGAAGGUACUUUCUCACCCUUCUCUUGGAGGAUUCCUUAUGCACUGUGGGUGGAACUCUACUUUAGAGGCAAUUUCUAUGGGAGUUCCUCUUAUUGGAUGGCCUUAUUUUGCUGAUCAAUUUAUUGAUUGUCGAUUUGUAAAAGACAUUUGGAAAUUUGGUUUAGAUUUUGAAGGUGUCGAUGUAGAUGAAUUCAAAUUAGUGACAAAAGAGGUGGUAGAGAGCACAAUAAGAAAUCUAAUGGAAGGUUGUCUUGCAAAGGAAUUGAAAGAAAAUGUUGUAAGGUUGAAAAAGGUAGCAAGUAAAGCAGUGAUGGAAGGAGGGACUUCUUAUACAAACCUGAACACUUUUAUAGAAGAUAUGCAAAAGAUAGCAAAAUCAAAUGUGUGAAGAAUUUCUAAAAUCUAUUCAUAAGAGGAGAUAUCAUUCAUUAUUAUGAAUGAUUUGGGAGCUUUUUAAAUGGAAUUAAUAUAAAUGCUAUAUUAUUUUA